UCGAAGAAAAAUAAGGGAAGAGUCUGAUACAUUUUUGUACGAGAGUUACACGUGUGACGAUAGUUACUAAUAGAAAAUAAUCGUCGAACGUUAUUUUACAUUCCAAAAAAGUACUUCAGUGUGUAAUUGCGAGUUUCUCUUUCGUCUUUAACGUUAGUGUGUGAUUAAAAUCGAAUCCUCACUUUUAAUUCGAAUUUUUCAGCAUCCCCCAUUGUCAGUCCCCCCUGUAUCCCGGAUUCCCGAGACGGAAUUAAUCCCCGGGGGAUAAGUCGGCGAGCCUCUAAUACGUUCGUCGUAAUCUUUUUCCCCUGCGGGCGGGAUCAGUGUGCUCACAUAUCCACUCCGCAACCUCCUUCUGCUGCAUUAUGCAUUCGCAAAAGGAGGCUAUUUCUUUCCAUGAGCUCUCACUCUGCGUCAUCUGUGGAAUGGUGGCAAAGAAGGAGAGAUCCCAUCCCAGGUGUUGAAAAAGGACACAGCGUUUACUUGCCCACUCCGAGCACUCCUCCAGGGCGUAUUGCGCCGUGUCCAACUCAGCCUCGCAAUGAUGGCACUGUGUCAUCGUCUCCCGUCCUAUUUUGUUCAGGUACUCACCGAAACAACCGUGCCCGGUGAGCACCUAUGUCAGCGCCAAAAUAUCAAAUGGCGGAAGUCCCGUCACGACCGUCGCCAUUUCAUGGGACCCCAGCGUAGAGGCGGCAAAUCCUCAGGUCUGUCUACCGAGGUUGGGGAGCAACUGGCACUUUGCUAUUGGUAUUCCUUCCAGGCAUGGAAUCAGAACCUCGAAUUGAUCUUCGAAGCCUCACUAGCUAUUAAGGGUGUGACCGAAAUACUUCAAACGGUUGUUUACCCCAACAUAGGCAUCACGUAGUCUGACCCGGGACUAUUGGCGGGGGACGAGACCUGUGGUAAUACCAUGGGUACUUGACUCAAGUGCCAUGCUUGCAUUCUUCAAAAGACA